AUGUUGGCGCUCUGCUGUCAUCUAAAUGUGUUUUCUGCUACUUCUCUUAAGGUGCUUCUGACUCUGAAAAAGCCAAAGGAACAGAAGGAGUCCCCUUUCCUGGUCUUUCACGUCGCCCACAUGGGCAUUAACACAAAAGUCAGAAAAUACGACAUGAGUGCAGCAACAUACAUCCGAAAAAUUGCCCUUAAGUGCCUCGAGUUCAAAGACUCAAGUGGGGAGCCGCUGUGCCUCAUCAGCUCUUCAGUCGAGUCUGGAGCUGAACUGCUCAAAGUGGAGUAUUGUAAGGCCGACCGUGCCGGACCAAACUUCUCCACCGUCUACAAAAACACCGAGCAGCUGAUCAAUGUGACUUUCACCUCACUCGACGUCAUGCUUCACACCGAAGCUCUGCUGUCAGCCAUUAACUUCCUGUCGACGGCGUUGUCAUCUGGCGGCGGCGUUCCGUCUCCAGAGAAAGAAGUCCGACCAAAGACGGAGGAUAAGACGGUUUCUGCGAAGUCCACUGCCCUGGUGUCACCUGUAGACUCUCAGGUCACAGACCUGAAGGUGGUCAUGGAUCUCGGGGCCUUCAACGUCCUAGUGUGCGACCAGUUGUGCAACAUGGCCGACAUCAAGAUCCAAGGUAUUAAUGGCUCGCUGCUGAUGCAAGGACCUCAGACUCAUAUAUCAGGCGGCAUGCGAGACUUCAUUGUUCUAAACGUUGAUCCCAAAAGCUUCCACAAGAAGGCCAUCUCCAUCGUGGGUAACGAGGUGUUCAGCUUCAGCGUGAGUCUGACCCCUAACGCCACAGAGGGCGCGGGCUACGCCGACACCUCCAAAACUGACGGCACAGUGAAGUUAAACGUGGGCUGCAUCCAGGUGGUUUACCUGCACAGGUUCUUCACGUCCCUGCUGAAUUUCACCAACAACUUCCAGACCGCUAAAGAAGCUCUGAGCGCCGCGACGGCUCAGGCAGCAGAGAAGGCCGCGUCCAGCGUACGUGACUUCGCCCAGAAGAGCUUCCGUCUGUCCAUGGACAUCAACCUUAAGGCCCCAGUCAUCAUCAUACCACAGUCCUCCACCUCCAACAACGCUCUGGAGGUGGACCUGGGUCUGAUUACUGUUGGGAACAGCUUCUCUCUGCUGGAUGUCACAGGAUGUCCGCUGCCAGCCGUCAUCGACAAUAUGGACGUCCAGCUGACGAAGGUGAAACUCUCCAGGACCUGCUUAGAGCCUGACUCAAACCAACCUAGCAGAGAGCUGCUUGAACCGGUCAACCUGCACCUGAACAUCAAGAGAAACCUGGCAGCUUCCUGGUACAAGAAGAUGGCUGCUGUGGAGAUUGAUGGAGAUCUGAAACCCAUGAAGGUGAAGCUCAGUCAAGACGACCUGAAGGUGGUGCUCAGGAUCCUGAUGGAGAAUCUGGGAGAGGCCGGAAGCCCGCAGCCCGCCGCAGCCCGGCAGGAGACCAGUCUGCAGGUCCGAGCAGCUGGAGCCACCCCGACAGGUGGUUCUGGAAAGAUGACUGUGAGCCACAGUGAAGAGGAUGAUGAAACUUUGGAGACUGUCAAGUUUAACUUCAACAUCGAGUCUCUUGGUCUGGUUCUGUACCUCGACCCCAAACAGUCCUCAGAUCUCCAGAACCAGCAGGACCUCAGACUGGGAGAAUUUGCCCUACACUUGCUAAAAACUUCAGGGAAGAUCCUAAAUAAUGGCAGCAUGGAGGUGAGCACGGUGCUGACUGCCUGCACACUGGACGACCUGAGGACCGGCAUGGAGAGGGUCACCUCGCGGAUGGUGAGGCAGAGAGACGAAGAGAGCUCAGGGGUCACGAUCGACGUGACGUACCGGCAGAGCGCAGCAGAACGGGAGGUGGUGGCCAUUCUGCAGAAGCUCUAUCUCUGUGCAAGCGUGGAGUUUCUGAUGGCCGUCGGAGAUUUCUUCCUGCAGGCUCUGCCGCAGAGUUCGGCUCCGCCCGCCACCUCUGCACCGAGCGACAGACUGCAGCUGAGACAGACCACUGAACCACGAGCCGACCCCAAGACUGCCUCCACAGUGAAGACUCGACUUCGAGCAGUGGUGGUGGACCCAGAGGUGGUGUUCGUGGCCAACCUGAUGAAGGCCGACGCCCCAGCUCUCGUGGCCUCAUUUCAGUGCGACUUCACGCUACAGGCCGAGGAGGACGGCACACAGAACAUGAGAGCCAGCCUGAGGGAGCUGAAGGUCCUCGCCUGCCCCUUCAUCCAAAACAAAGAGGACAAGGCUGUCACCACCGUACUGAGACCUUGUUCGGUCACCUUGGAAACCAAAGCUCACCCCAAUCAGCCACUGAGGGGCUCCGUGACAGUGGAGGAAAUCAUAAUUAAGAUCUCACCGUUCAUCCUCAACACCGUGACAACGAUAACAGCCGCCAUGACGGCAAAGCAGAAGGAUCAACAGUGCGAGGCAUCGAAGCCCGAUGUUCAUGACCUGUGGUCGGUCAUGAACAUCUACAACUGUAACUACUGGUUCCUGGGAGUGGACCAGGCCACCGAGGUCACCGAGAGCUUCAGAGAACCGGACGGACGAAAUGAAGGGGAGAGCUUUGGCGUCGAAGUCAAGGUUGUACAGGUGACUCUGGAGUCCGGUUUGGGUCAUCGAACAGUCCCUCUGCUGCUAGCCGAGUCCUCCUUCAAUGGUUCAGCCAAAAACUGGUCUUCGCUGCCACAGCUGAGAGCUGAUAUGACGCUUGAAGUGAAUUACUUUAAUGAGACCCACGCGGUGUGGGAGCCUCUGCUGGAACGAGUCGACGGCGGCAGACGAAGGUGGAACCUGGAGUUCGAGAUGAAGAACAACCCAAUCCAUGACAAAAGCCCCGUUCACGGAGAUGACUUCAUAUUCCUUCCUGAACCUCGCACUGUCGUUAACAUCUGCUCCAAAGACACCAUGAAUGUCACCAUCUCCAAGUGCUGCCUCAACGUUUUCCAAAACCUCGCCAAGGCGUUCUCGGAGGGAACGACUUCCACCUUUGAUUACUCUCUGAAGGAGAAGGCACCAUUCACUAUUAGAAACUCUCUGGGAAUUCCCUUCAUUGUGGAGCACAGUGCUAACUUGAGACUGGUGGGAUCUGCGGGGCAGGGAAAGCUCCACGAGUUGCCGGUGGAUCAGAACAUGGAACUGGAGCACUCAAUGUUCGAACCAACAUCCAGAGGCAAACUUUCAGCUCUCCAGCGGCAAGAGAGCUGCCUGUUCAACCUCACCAUCGUGCCCUCGGGAUACAGCGAGAUCGCCAACAUCCCUGUGGACAAACCGGGUCGACGCCUCUACAACAUCCGCGGCCCGAAUCUGCAGGAGGCCAUAUCUGUGCUGUUGCAGAUUGACGCCAACGAAGGCAACAAGGUCAUCACGGUUCGCUCGCCGCUGCAGAUAAAGAAUCACUUCUCAGUGCCAUUCACCAUCCUCAAGUACUCUCCACAAACCAGAGCUCUGCAGGUUAUUGGACAGGCCGAACCCAAGACGGAGUUUCAUGUCACCUUAGAAACUUACAGAUCUCAGCUGUUUUUGCAGCCAGCAGGAGAGCUGACAGGUCAGUACGCGCCAUCUUCCACCUGCAUAUCCUGGAAGGAGCAGGUGCACUGUAGCUCAGAGGUGGGGUCGAUGCUUCAGUGUCCCGCAUCCGAAAGCAGCCUGCUGCCGCUCAUGGUCAGCACUUUGGCCGUCCCCGAUGACCUGCGACACAUCACCAGCUGUGGAGAGGAGGACUGGGACCCCGCCUAUGUCAUCCAUCUCCAUCCUAUGGCUACCCUACGCAACCUGCUGCCAUACACCAUUCGCUACAUGAUGGAGAGCUCAGUAGACAGCUGCGAGCUCCGUGAAGGCAGCACGUCAGACCUCCUGAACGCUCGUGUCUCAGGCGAGAUCGUGUCGCUGGUGCUGAUGAGGUAUCAAGGACGCGACUGGCACGGACACAUUCGGAUUGAAAAGGAAAUGCCCGAGUUCCUGGUCAUAUGUCUCACCUGCGACUCGGACAUAAACAUGACUGUGGACAUUAACCUCCAGCUUUGCGUCUCCACCAGUUCCUGGUCUGACGGGUUCUCUCUGGACACAGUGGGAAGUUAUGGCUGCGUUCGCUGUCCCGCCAACCACAUGGACUUCUUGGUGGGCGUUAGUAUUCAGAUGAGCAGUUUUAAACUAACCAGGAUCGUCACCAUGAGUCCUUUCUACACUCUGGUCAACAAGUCGUCUUAUGAACUAGAAGUGGGAGAAGUCAGCAGCCAAACCAAGUGGCACUACAUCUCUUCCACCGAGUGUCUCCCUCUGUGGCCGGAGAAUGGCUCGGGAAAGUUGUGUGUCCGUGUUGUCGGGUCUGAAUCCACCUCCCAAUCCUUCUUCUUCAAUAAACAGGACAACGGCACCCUGCUAAAAAUGGAAAUGUGCGGUGGGAUCAUCGUGGACGUCAACCUCUCCGAUCACUCCACCGUCAUCAGCUUCAGUGAUUAUUAUGAAGGAGCAGCUCCUGCCCUGCUGGUUAACCACACGCCCUGGGCUACCAUCAGCUAUAGACAGAGCGGCUCAUCCGUCUUUCAUGAGUUGAAACCCAGCGAGACUCGGCGGUUUGCGUGGGACGACCCAACAGGAGUCCGCAUGCUUCGUUGGGAAUGCCGGGAUCAUUCAGGAGAGCUGGAUCUGCUGAAGGAUGAUUUUGGUCAGUUUUCCUACGACAGCCAGUCUCAGAUCCACUGGGCUUCCUUCCUGGACGGACGCCAGCGGGUGCUGAUAUUUACUGAGGACGUUGGAGUGGUGACAAAGGCUCGUCAGGCUGAGGAGCUUGAACAGUCCGAUCAGGAAGUAAAAGUUUUGUUGCAAAACCUUGGAUUGUCGCUGAUCAACAACAGCAAGCGGCAGGAGAUCGCGUACAUUGGCAUCACCAGCUCGGGUGUUGUUUGGGAAAUGAAGCCAAAGAAUCGCUGGAAGCCGUUCAAUAACAAGAACAUCAGCCUGCUGGAGAAAGCCUACCAGAAUCAGCUGAGUGGGAAGUCCGCCGGCGGCUGGAUCAGACUGGAGAACCUGGAGGUGAACCUCAGUGGGGCCACCAUGAUGAUGCGUCAGCCGUUUUCCUGCCAAGUGAGGAGGAACUUCCUGUCUGGGAUCCAAGUGGAGUUCAAGCAGUCGGUGCAUCAGCGCAGCUUGAGAGCUCAGCUGCACUGGCUGCAGGUGGACAAUCAGCUUCCAGGUGCCAUCUUCCCCAUCGUCUUCAAUCCAGUUCUUCCUCCAAAGUCCAUCGCUCUGGACACAGAGCCAAAGCCCUUCAUUGACGUGUCCAUCAUCACCAGGUUCAACCAGCACAGCAACGUCAUGCAGUUCAAGUAUUUCAUGGCUUUGGUCCAGGAGAUGGCAGUAAAGAUCGAUCAGGGUUUCCUGGGAGCCAUUUUGGCUCUGUUCACUCCUGCUGCAGACCCCCAGGCCGACAGCGAGAAGUCUGGGCUGAUAGAGCAAGAUCUGCAGGGCCUGCAGGCCGAGCUGAUGGAGGCGUCGCGGACUGAUGCAUCUGGUCUCAGCUACUUCGAAUACUUCCACAUCUCACCCAUCAAGCUCCAUCUCAGUCUGUCUCUGGGCUCCAGCGGUGAUGACUUGGUUGAGGAGACGGAAGCCAUUCAGUCUCUGAACCUGCUGCUGAAAAGCAUCGGGGCCACGCUGACCGACGUCGACGACAUCAUCUUCAAACUGGCCUUCUUCGAGGUGAAGCACCAGUUUUACAGUAAAGAGAAGCUGACGUGGGUGGCGGCUCGACACUAUACUGAACAG